AUGAAUGCAAUUUUCUGGGGAGGAAGCCAUCACGGCUCCCCUCCUCGUAAGUCGACCGCCCUCCUCGUAAGUCGACCGCCCUCGUUCGCGUCGGAGAACGAUCUGGAUCCGAGUCGACACCUGUCGCCCGUCGGCGACCGCAGGCGGUGGGAGAUCGUCGGACGAUAUUCCGUCCGUUGCCAUGGAGACGGAUGCGAGCUCCCGUCGCCUGCCUCGUCGGAAAUGAUUCUCCUCGCUCUACUCUUUCUGGAUCUCGGUGAGUCGCUGGUGUUCGUGUCGACCCCUGGGGGCGAGGGGGGGAAGUUCAGUGGGAUGCAGCUGGGGUGCUUCUCUGCAGUCGGAGGGGCGAAGGAGGGGGAUGAGGGUCUGCUGUCGAGGUCCUGGCGGUUCAAGACUUUCGAUCGGAGCGUCUGCUAUGAGGACGUGGGCUGUUUCUCGACCCGGGAGGGUGCCAUGAAACACCUGAGGAUCCUGCCGAGUCACCCGAAGGAAAUCGGGACGGAAUUCAUCCUCUUCGACACCCGGAAGGGAAAAGCGGAGAAAUCCCUCCCGUUGACCGGGACCAAGCUCGGCGGCGAGGGGAGCCUGAACGUCUCGCUCCCGACGGCCGUGCUCAUUCACGGGUACAUGGAUAACGGACGCACGUCCUGGGCCGUGGACAUCAAGGACGCUCUGCUGGGAAAGGGCGAGAUGAACGUGAUCAGCGUGAACUGGGAGCGGGGAGCCUCGCAUCGGAAUUACGUGAUGCCAGCUGCCAACAGCGAACUGGUGGGGCGACAGGUGGGGAACCUCGUCGCCGCCCUCGUCGACAUGGGCGCCACCUACUCCAGCGUCCACAUCAUCGGAUUCAGCUUGGGGGCGCAAGUGGCAGGGCACGCAGCCAACUGGCUCAAAGAGAUCCGAAACGCGCAGGGAGGUCAAGGGGCGAUCGAGCCGCUGGGUCACGUGGACUUCUAUCCCAACGGGGGCGAGAGUCAGCCGGGCUGUCGGAAUCUCUUCAUCGGCGCCAUCCUCGAUCUCAUCACGCGAACGGACGGACGAAACUGCAACCACCGCCGAGCCCAUCAUUACUUCCUGGAGUCCCUGCGUCGCCCGGGCUGCUCCUUUCGGUCCUUCCCCUGCCCGGAGCUCAAGGACUUCAACAAGGACUUUCUGGCAGGGAAAUGCUUCGAUUGCGGGGAGCAGGGAUGCGGGAACAUGGGAUGGGAUUCUCAGAAGGCUCCCGGCAGGGGCAAGCAGUACUUGCUCACUCUUGGGGAACUCCGGACUCAGACUCAAGGAUUCUGCGGUUAUCAAUACAAGAUAUCGCUGUCGAAGAUUCCGGGGGAACGAGAUCCUCGUGAAGUGUCCAUCGAGUUUCAAACUUCAGCCGGGAAGCUCGGCUCGGUCACUCUCCAAGGAUCGUCGGAGGAGACGGAAUGGAACCGAGUGGUGAUCGUGGACGAGAAAGCGGCGAAAGCAGAGACAGAAGCGGAAGCGGGAUACAACGUGAAAGUCACGUGGAUCGAGAGCGGCUUCCUCCCGGGCCGAAGCAAGCUGUGGCGGUUUCAGCGGUUAUCCAUCACCGAUCAAUACGGCUUGCGGCACGAGAGUUGUGGGGAAGAGCAGAUCCUUCAAUUCGACAAACCGCUGGAAUUGGAAGUGAGGCGGCGAUGCGGGGAAACUUGAGUUUUCCCCUCGUAUGGCUCGUAAAGGUGUUUUUCUGUGAUGG